AUGUCUCUCCAGCUUCGGUUAGCUCGCAAGGGAAAGUCCUGGAAAGUUUUGGCAGAUGAUAUCGGCGCUGUCUUGUCACUGUGGGUAUAUACUGCCCGCGGAGCCGAUCAGGAAUUUGAGCUCAGCCAGGGCGCCGAAAAUUUCAAAUAUGUCAACUCAGAGAACGACAGCUGGCUCCGUAAUAAGAUAUAUCCAGCCAGCCUAAGAAUUCUAUGUCCGGCGGAUAAUGAGAUGAGAGACCAGAUGUGUAAAGAUCUCAGUCUCUGGACGCCAAAAGCUAUGCAGACCAUGUUCAACAUAACCGACUACCGACUUCCCCGAGAAGACAAAGACGAGCUUCACGACGUGUCAAAAAGGUUUCAAUCGAGCAGAAUCGUGGGAUUCAAUCCACAAAAACGACCAUUUUUAGGCGUUCCAAGAGGAGAGCGAGAGUUCUGGCGCACUCGAGAUUUUGUAGCAGAGCUACCGCCUGAACGCUCUGAGAGGGCUCACUGGGCCAUCGAAACUCAGGAGACCCUAGAUCUUCUGUACGCAAAAGACCUACUAUAUUCGUUCUUCUGUUCUGUAGCACAGACGCUGAGGUCUCCUGUGCGAGGUAGAGCGGAGAUUGAGAACAUCUUGAUUGACAUCACGUGGCGAAAUGUUCUGAGGAGCAGUCUCCGACUCUGUGUUUUGAAGCAUGGGGACCUGGAUAAGCUCAUUGAAACUUUAAUCGACCUUGAGCUUGGCUCUGAGAUCGAAGCUACGUUGAGCCUCUUAUUGCCUUUGAGCUUCUGGGACAAAGCGCCGGUACCAUUCGCAAUCUUCGACGUUCUUUGCGAGGCAAAGAUCGACGCCCGUAAAGCGCAAGACUGGGAACUUCUAUUCCUAGAUCAUGAUGAUCUGAAUUCCGUCAAACUUCGUAAGGAAGUUCAACUGGGCAGAGCUUUCUUCUUGCACCUCUUUUUGUUCUUGAUAGAGCAUGCUCAGGACGCACAAGACGAACUUUUGUUGAUGAAUGUCGAGGGUAGAAAGUUGGAUAAGCAAGCUAAAAGUGACCAAUCCGAUGGCUGGUCGUCGGACAUGACCCCUGGUCAACGCAAGAAUCUCGAUCAACAUUUCCGAAAGCAUCGAACAUCACUUUUGACAUGCCUUAGGAUUCUAAGCAAUGACCAGCUCUUCGAAGACCUAAAAACGCUUUACACCCACCAAGACAGACACCAAGGCUUCCUGCAUUAUCUGAGAGAACCUAGGGAUAUUGAACAUGACGUAGAGCAACCUGAGAGGCGAUUGAGUCAUAGAUUUCAUGCGAGGAAGUGCCUGCCUUGGAGGCAGCGCAAAGACCCACCAGACCUAUCAGCUAAGUUGCCGCAACGCUUCAACAUGACAAGUGUUCAUGUCGAGGCCAUGACGAUCAAUGGGAACCCCGCAACAUGCAGGAAAGACAUCCCUUGGAUUAACCAGCCCGAUUCAUCUGGCUCUACACCUCUGCACCACGCUGCUAGGACAGAAAGCCUGAAUAUGGUGGAAUAUUUGAUCAAAAACGGGGCUGACGUAAACUCAAGAGACUUUCGGGGACACACGCCACUUCAUUAUGCUUGCGGCUACCGCGAUGAUCACGUCAUUAUUCCACUCACUGACGCAGGCGCAACAUUCGACGUUCAAGGCACGGAUGGAGCGUUUCCGCUUCAUGUGGCGGCAGGCGAGGGGAACGUUGCCGUUCUUGCCCACUUGAACAGGAUAAACUCAGCAACCUACCAGCAGAUCAUCCACGGUCUGGCGGGAAUCGAGUGGAAGGCUAAAGACUUUCACGGUCGCUUGGCCGUUCACUGGGCUGUUGUUGGAGGCCACUGGGGCGCUGUCGAGGAGCUUUAUUCCUUUGUAAAUGAGACUGACAAUUACGGCUGGACGGCGCUUCAUCUGGCCAUUUUACACGGUAAAGAUGAAAUUGUUCGCAAUAUUUGCAGGCUUUCAAAGAAGAAGAAUCAUGUUUCCGUUGAUCUGGAGAAGACGGAUACUGAAGGGCGCACGGCUCUUCACUUGGCGAGGAUUAAGGGAAAUUCGGGAGCAGCUGACACUCUCAUUGAGGCGGGUGCAGCGCCAGACCCUCAACAUUAUCUGCCAGCAAUGAAACUAUUGCAACGACAUCGGCACCACGAUUUCUAA